GGACAGGCUCCAACAGGACUUUUUAAGGAUUCAAUGCCGACACGUAAAGAUCUGAACAGUUAGUUUGUAAAGGAAACAAAUAAUGAAUCUUUGCCGGAAUUGCUAUGCCUCGGAUAAUCUUCAUACUCUUAAAGAGACAAUGGUUAGAGCAAAGGGGAUCCACACCAACAAAUAUAGCAGAUGUUCAUUCAAAAAUGAUAAAAACUGGCAUCUUUGUAUUUUGGUGCAUGGUUUCCAGCUAUAUAAUUGCAGAAGAUUGUCGGAGCUCAAUCUGUCAAGAAGUACUUCCAGGCUCGUUAUCCUUAGCCACAUAUUCAUAGAGAACUGCUUCAGUUCAAACUUGAUGAGAAGCAUGCCCAGGCACAUUAUCCAUAGCUGAGCCUACCAAAAACAUUGUACAAACAAUACCUGAGGAUUCACCAUUAAAAUCUGAUGAACGUGGUGUACUUAACAAAGAUCUUAAAUUUGUACCACUCCGUUCAUACAUCGACGAGUUCCAAACCAAACCAGAUACCGAAUCCUUUCUUCGCCGCCUCCGUCUUAAAGCAUUUUUCGAGGAAAAAAACUCUGACAGCUUCUCUUCUACUCCUGUAGAAGCAUUAUCAGAUCAAGCCGCUAUUAUAAACAACCUUUUUCAAACUAAGUCAAACUGGACACCACAACCUGGCCAAUUUAAAGCUCUGGAUCUUUACAUAGACACAUGCAGACAUCAAAUUUCUCAAGUAAAUUUCAAAGCUCGGCGUAAAACAUCCAACCUUACUAGAACAGAAUGGGAAGCCUUGAGAAACAUCUUAAAUCAAGAGAUGAUAUUGUUAUUAAACCAGCAGAUAAAGGUGGUCGUAUUGUUGUAUGGCGUAAAGAUUUAUUUAUUCAAGAAGGCAAUUCACAGUUAAAUUCGUCAUCUUAUGCCAAACAAGCUACCAAUCCUACUAAAUCUUUCAACAAAACCGUCAUCAAUAUAAUUAAAGAAGAAAUCAGUCUUGGCAACCUUCCUGAAAACGCUACUCAAUUAUAUUUUCAGCAUCCCCGUACAUCUGUUUCUUAUAUGCUCUCAAAGAUACACAAACCUGAUAACCCUGGCUGACCUAUUGUAUCAGCCGUCUCCUGUCCUACAUCACAAAUUGCAGCCUACCUUGAUAUCAUAUUUACACCAAUCAACCAACAACUGCCUACGUUUGUCAAGGAUACAUCGCAUGCCCUGCUUCUUUUCAAGGAUUUCAAAUUUAAAGGCCCCAACAGAUAUUUAUUUACAAUGGACGUUAAAUCCCUUCAUACAUGCAUUCCUCCUGCUGAUGGAUUAGAAGCUCUCAAGUUUUUUCUCGCCCUAAACAAACCCCACCUACCAAUACUCUUCUUCGUCUAGCCGAGCUUGUGUUAACUACAAAUGCAUUUUCGUUCAAUGGUGAUUUUUACCUUCAAACAACUGGUGUUGCUAUGGGAAGUAAACAACUGGUGUUGCUAUGGGUCCUAGCUAUGCAUGCCUUUUUGUUGGAUACCAGGAACACUUGAUCUACUGUUCAUAUGAUGGUCCUUUCCCUUGCCUAAUCAGGAGAUACAUUGAUGAUAUUGUCGGAGCUACAUCAUUACCACUUGAAUCUCUACAAAAUUUCAUCAACUACACUAACAAUUUCCAUCCAGCGCUUCAAUUCACACGCACCAUUUCCGAAUACAGUGUACCCUUUCUUGACAUCCUGCUCACCAUCCAAAGCAACUCUAUAGCAACUCGAUUAGGAAGUCACUGGAAAAACGAAACAUUUUUAAACUUGGAACUUUAUAUUCUUCUGGACUGAAUAAACAGUUUACGUAUCUCCAAUAACCCCACCCC